AUGGGUCAGACCUUAUCAGAACCGGUCGUCGAGAAGUUAUCAGAGCAUGGGGAGGAUGACAGGCUCUACUUUGGACUCUCCUCGAUGCAAGGAUGGCGUAUAAGUAUGGAAGAUGCACACGCUGCCAUUCUUGACCUCCAACCCGAUGACAAAACUGAAAAGACAACCCCCCAAAGUCGUGUGAGCUUCUUCGGAGUUUAUGAUGGUCACGGCGGUGAUAAUGUGGCUUUGUUUAGUGGCCAGAAUGUCCAUAAAAUAAUAGCCAAACAGUCCGACUUCCCGACCGGAAACUUUGAAAAGGCAAUGAAGGACGGGUUUCUUGCUUCCGACAGGGCUAUCUUACAAGGCAAGAGCUAUAUUCCAAGACACACCCCGGAUCCGAAAUAUGCCGAAGAGAUCUCGGGUUGUACCGCUUCCACAGCCAUCGUUACAGGCGAUAAGAUAUUCGUCGCAAAUGCUGGCGAUUCUCGUACCGUUUUAGGUGUCAAGGGCAGAGCUAAACCUCUUUCCUUUGAUCAUAAGCCCCAAAACGAAGGCGAGAAAGCCCGCAUAACAGCGGCUGGAGGCUUCGUCGACUUUGGCCGGGUUAAUGGAAAUUUAGCAUUGUCCAGAGCUAUCGGAGACUUUGAAUUUAAGAAAAGUGCCGACCUUCCACCAGAGCAGCAAAUUGUGACUUCGUUCCCAGACGUUGUCAUCCACGAUUUCACAGAUGAUGAUGAAUUUAUGGUUAUCGCUUGUGACGGAAUAUGGGAUUGCCAGUCCUCACAGGCUGUUAUUGAGUUUGUGCGACGAGGAAUUGUGGAAAAGCAGGAACUACAAAAAAUUUGCGAGAAUAUGAUGGACAACUGUCUAGCUCCGUCAAGCGAGAAUGGCGGUGUAGGGUGCGACAAUAUGACAAUCGCCAUAGUCGCAUUCCUAAGGGGCAAAACGAAGGAUGAAUGGUAUGAUAUGGUUGCCAAGAGAGUAGCCGACGGAGACGGCCCCUCUCAACCUAAAACCCAUGGAUUCCGUCCUCAAAGCUAUUAUGCCAAUUUCGAAGAAGAGGAAGACGGGACAAUUAAGACAUACGGCAUCACAGCCCGCGAGGGGGGUAGGAUAAUCAUGCUUGGCGAUGGUUCUGAAGGUCUCGCCGACGCUAACGACACAGAGAUGUUUGACUAUGACGAAGAGAAGGAUACGGAGGCUUUGGACAAAGACGCCACACUUAAAGACGACCGGAGCGCCGACAACGAAAGAUAUGAUUCCUCGAAAACUACUACGACUACAGAUGAAAGCUCCUCGAAAUCUUCAGAAGGAACGGAAAAGAAAUAG